GCCGCCUCGCACAAAGCCGGGAGCGGGAGGAGCCGCCGGCAGCGCGGAGCUCCCGGCCGCGAUGUGAGGGGGGCGAUGGCCGCGGGGCAUGGCCGAGCUGUGGGGAGCCGCCGGGCACGGGCAGGGGCAGGGGCAGGGGCAGGGGCAGGGGCAGGCAGCAGCCGGGCGGAGGCGGCCGCGGGGUGAGCAUGGAGCCGCCAACGGGGGACCGGGACCGCCCCGGGCUGCGGGGGGACGAGCCCGAGCCGGAGCCGGGGCUGGAACCGGAAUCGGAGCUGGAACCAGAACCGGGAGUGGAACCGGAGCCAGAACCAGAAUUGGAGCCGGAAUCGGAGCCAGAACCUGAGCUGGAACCGGAGCCAGAACUGGAACCAGAACCAGGAGCGGAACCGGAGCCGGAUCCAGAACUGGAGCCAGAACUGGAGCUGGAACUGGAACCAGAGCCAGAACUGGAGCUGGAACCGGAGCCGGAUCCCGAACCGGAGCCGGGAGCAGCCCCCUGGGCGCCUGAGCCCACCGGGGGGGCUCCGCUGUGGGCAGCCCCGGAGCAGUGCCCGGGGGGCAGCCCCGAGGCCUCUCCCCGCCUCCGCCCCGUCUUCGACGCCCUCGACCGCGACGGCGACGGCUUCGUGCGGGUGGAGGAGUUCGUGCAGUUCGCCACGGCCUACGGGGCCGAGCAGGUGAAGGACCUAACCAAGUACCUCGAUCCCAGUGGACUUGGAGUCAUCAGCUUCGAAGAUUUCCAUCGGGGGAUCAGAGCUAUCAGAAAUGGAGACCCCGACAGCCAGCUGUAUGAUAUGGGAUAUACCCCCGAGGAGGAAGCCCCGGCCUGUCCUGAUGAAUUUGAUGACUUCGUCACGUUUGAGGCAAAUGAGGUGACCGACAGCGCGUACAUGGGCUCAGAGAGCACCUACAGCGAGUGCGAAACCUUCACGGAUGAGGACACCAGCACGCUGGUGCACCACGAGAUGCAUGACGAGGUGGAGACGGACAGCGCCAUCGACUCCACCGUGCACUCGGAGUUCACCGACCCCAUCGAGGAGCCGGAGCAUGGAUCCCAUCCGCACGACCUGCCCCUGGGCUCGGACCUCAGCCACUCCAUCGUUACUGUCAUUAGCGGAGAGGAGCACUUCGAGGAUUAUGGAGAAGGGAAUGAAGCAGAUUUGUUCUCGGACAGCUUGUGUAACGGGGAAAGCAGCUUUAACAGCUCCUCGUUCCUCUCUCCCAGCACCAAUCCGCUCGCUGCGAAACUGCACAGCAUUAUCGCAGAUGAAGCUUUUGAGUUUUACUGUAGCCAGUGCCACAAACAAAUCAACCGCCUUGAGGAUCUUUCCGCUCGCCUGAAUGAUCUUGAAAUGAAUAGCCCAAAUAAAAGACUCUCGAGCAAGAAAGUGGCAAGGCAGCUGCAUCAGACCAGCGCGCUGGCCGUGGGGGCGAUGGAGGAGUCGUACCGGGACACGCUGGAGUGCACGGAGGAGGACAUCACGGACAAGGUUGUCUUUCUGGAGAAGCGGGUGACGGAGCUGGAAAAGGACACGGCUGCCAACGGCGAGCAGCACAGCCGCCUCAAGCAGGAGAACCUGCAGCUCGUGCACAGAGCCAACGCUCUUGAGGAACAGCUGAAGGAGCAGGAGCUGAGAGCUGACCAGACACUCCUGGAGGAGAUCAAGAAGCAGAGGGAGAUGCUGAGCAAAAUGGAGAGGGAGAAGAGCAUUGAGAUCGAGAACCUGCAGGCCAGGCUGCAGCUACUGGAUGAUGAGAACAGCGAGCUGAGGUCCUGUGUCCCGUGUUUAAAAGCCAACAUCGAGAGGCUUGAGGAGGAGAAGCAGAAGCUGCUGGAUGAGAUCGAAGACCUCACCGUGCAGCUCACGGAGGAGCAGGAGAACAAGAGGAAGAUGGGGGACAAGCUGAGCCAGGAGAGACACCAGUUUCAGAAGGAGAAGGAGUCGACCCAGGAGCUCAUUGAGGACCUCAGGAAGCAGCUGGAGCACUUGCAGCUCUUCAAGCUGGAAGCUGAGCAGCGGCGAGGCAGGAGCAGCAGCAUGGGGCUCCAGGAGUACAACAGCAGGACGCGGGAGACGGAGCUGGAGCAAGAGAUCAAGCAGCUCAAGCAGGAUAACAGGAACCUGAAGGAGCAGAACGAUGAGCUGAACGGGCAGAUCAUUAACUUGAGCAUCCAGGGAGCCAAGAACCUCUUCUCAGCCUCCUUCUCUGAAUCCCUGGCAGCCGAGAUCAGCUCGGUCUCCAGAGACGAGCUCAUGGAAGCGAUUCAAAAGCAAGAGGAGAUCAACUUCCGCCUGCAGGACUACAUCGACAGGAUCAUCGUGGCCAUCAUGGAGACAAACCCCUCCAUCCUGGAAGUGAAGUAAGGGCGGCCGAGAGCCGCGGGCUGUGCACUCUUCGAUGGGUGUGGAUUUGGUGCUCUGAGAGGAGAAAGAGGGACUUGAAACGUCUUUGCUCUGGAUGAAGGCACAAGGAAGCAUCGCGUCGGGUCGGGGGGUGAGCCAGCCAGCGGACCGGGGAAACAGAAACCCAGCAGCAAGGCUUUGUGGUCUGACUCCGUUAUUUUGAAACCCUCACGGCUUCGAGGGGUGAAAGGGAACCUGGAGAAGAAGUACAGGCAACGGACAGCCGCGAGGAGGACCUGUCCCAGCCCCGCUACCAGCAGAGCUGGCCGGCGGCUGCGCCUGGUGGGAACUGUCCCGAGGGCGGUGGCAGACCCUCUGACACACGGGGCCGACACCAGGGUGUGAGGAGGGGGCUCCUCCAAACUUGCAGGGUCACGGGAUGGAGAAGGAAGCGCUGGAGCUGACGUUUUCCCUUGCUGCCCUGUCCAGCCCAAGUAUCUGCUUUGCCAAAGUGUCCGUGACACACUCACUCACUGGGGCAGAUCUGGGAAAGAGGGAAACUUGUCCUGGACUUGUAGAUUUAUUUUUUUUUUUAAAUUAACUUAAUGCAAAUGUCCUCAUCCAGCUGGCGCAGUUAAUCCUUGCCCUGCUGCUUUCGCUUGGGAACGGGUCGCGUGCAGAGAGCUGGCUGCUCGCUCGCUCGCCGGUGGCAGAAAGAGGCAGGGGAGCGGCCGUCCUCGGCGCAGGGCGUGAGUGCAGCUCGUCACCUGCCUCCUUAUUUAUUUUUGCUGUCUGUGGCUCUCUUCCCUCUGCUCUCACAGCCCCGGCGUGCGGCCCGGCAGAGCGACCACCGUCCUCCACGUGCCCGCGUGUCCGCUGAGCUGGGGAAGAGCCAUCCCCUCCGCCCCAGCUGCGGGCACGGCGGUGCUGCCUGUCCCACCUCCUGGCACCAGGGAAAGGCUGCGACCACCACACGAGGGCUGAGCUCUCCCCGUGGCCUCCCAGGAGCCCCAGCCCGGAGCAGGGCUCUGCCAGUGAUGGUCCUGGAGGGAGAGCCCGCUCCAGCCACUGCUCCUCGCCCUGGGACGAGGCGGCCGCUCCGAUUUCUCAGCCCAGCCCGCUGGGUAGAGGGGGUCUCUGGCCAGAGAAUAAAUCAGCAGCUCCCUGGGAAACAAAAGCCAUGUUUACACCGGGCAGCUCUCGGUGCGCUGGCGCAGGCGGCCGUGGCAUGGCCGUGGGGAGCAGCCGCUCACCCCGACCUGCUCCUCGUCGCUCCCGGGAGGAGGCAGGCCAGCGGGCCACCGAGGAUCCGCCUUCUGUUGGCACAUCGGGCCCGCAGCAGUGCUCAUUUCUCCUGCUUGUCAGGGUUUAGAAACGCCAGAGCGGUCCGAAAACAGAAGCCACAGCGAUCUCUUGGCCGCUGGUUUGGGGAGAGGGGUCUUCUCCUCCCCAAAAUGCUUCCAAGCGUGGCAGCGCCGAGCACGCACCGCGGCUCCUCCUGCGCUGGCGUGGUCUUAGAGCAGCCGGCGGUGGGCUUCUCCCCCGGGGCACGACGAGCCAGGAGCGGUGGCAGAUGCCGCAGCCUUAGCCCGGGCCGGGUCCCCGGAGGCUUUUCUGCUCCCCAGAGCCACGUCCCCCCUGCCACCGGCCCGGCACCGAGCCCUCCUGCGCCUCUUCACCGAGGACACGGCGCCGUGCCCGGCCCGCGGGAGGAAGCCACGUAAUGUACAUUUCCAGAGAAGCUUUGGGUGUAAAUCAGUGUAUACUUGGAGAGGGAAAUUUUUCUAUCUUGUAGAGUAGGUAUUUUUAUAGAAUGAAGGUUGAUCAUUUUUUUAAUACUUUAAAGAAGAGAGAAAUGUAUCUGUGUAUACACAAAAGCAUUAUAUAUAUAUAUAUGUAUAAAUAUAUAAAUAUCGGAGAUCUGCCUUUCUCGACUUGGGAUCACGGAUCCCCAGUUAAUACAAUCGUCUUUUUUCCUGUCGCUCACAAAGAGGUACUGUAACUGUAAAUAAGCACCGGGAAAAAGUUUUAAGCAAACAAAGCACUGACUUGCACAUUCACCAUGCUUUAAAGUCCCUAUGAAAAAAAGAAAAAAAAAAAAAAAACACACAAAAAAAACCCUGUACUUCCCCAAAAUGUUCCUCUUUCCCCGCCGGUAUGUGAAGGAAGUCCCAAAAGAGGCGAAAACAGUAUUGUCUUAAAUGAUGUAUCGAUUCUUGUCUGAUUAAAAGCUGUUACCAUUCCUGC